GUUCCGCAUUAACUUGGUGCACGUCGUCAGCAAAACCAAGCUGAAGAACUCUUAUGUUCUGUGUAAAAGCGACAGAUCCAUUCCCAUUCCCAUUGAUAAACCUUUCUCUCUUUUACCUCAUAAAAAUCUUCUCUUUCAGCUGAGAUCCUUCAUUCUAUCUAAUACCCAUCUUUCAUAUUCUUCAUUUUUGCAUGCGAUCAGUCAAAGUUUUAUUCUCUCUUUUGUUCUGUCGUGUACAAUUAAUCCCAUUUGUUACAAUUCUAUUUGGGGUAUGUUUUCCGUGAACCUUUGAAUGAAAGAUUGAAUCUUGAAUAGCUUUGAAUCAUCCAGUGUUGAACUGAGAAUUCAAUUCUGAGUUGUGAUUAAUGGACAAUUAUGGGUCUUCACCACCUCCAUAUGGGUAUCCAAACCCUGGAUACACUCCUCCAUACCCUCCUCCUGAAUCACAUGCACCUCCACCAUAUCCAUAUCCAUAUCCAUAUCCAAAUCCAAAUCCAUAUGCACAUGCACCCAAUCCUUCACAAUCUUUCAACUACACCUACCCUCCACCCUCCUCAGCCCCUUAUUCUAGCAACAUUGACUAUUCCUACCCACCACCACCACCCUCCUCAGCCCCUUAUUCUAGCAACAUUGACUAUUCCUACCCACCACCACCACCUCCACCUCCACCUCCUCCAUCGAACCCUUCAGAUGGAUCCUUAGACUUUCCAAGGCCUCAACCACCUCAUUCUUAUGGUUACCCUUACCAGACUAGUGAUAGUUUUAACCCUCCGCAGAGUUCUGCUUACCCUCCUUUGGAUGAUCUUAUGAGUAAUGUUAGGGUGUCUGAUAAUCUCCCUAGUGCACCUCCAUUGACACAUUCAAUUUCAGCUCCAGAUCAAGAGAAGAAAGAUGAGUUUGAUGGUUAUUCUAGUAGCUCCUUCUCGGGUUCGGAUCGCGGGUAUCCUUCUUACCCUUCAGUUUAUGCUGAUGAUUCAGUGCAUAGUCAGGGUUUGCAGAUUGUGCCAGCUCAGAACAAAGGGUCACUAAGGGUUUUGCUGCUGCAUGGAAAUUUUGAUAUUUGGAUUCAUGGAGCCAAAAAUCUUCCAAAUAUGGACAUGUUUCAUAAGACUUUGGGGGAUAUGUUUGGUAGAUUACCUGGUAAUGUGAACAACAAGAUUGAAGGAUCAGUGAGCCGGAAGAUCACUAGUGAUCCUUAUGUGGCAAUCUCUGUGUCAAAUGCUGUGAUUGGGAGAACUUUUGUGAUUAGCAACAGUGAGAACCCUGUGUGGGAGCAGCAUUUCUUUGUUCCUGUUGCACAUCAUGCUGCUGAAGUACACUUUGUUGUUAAGGACAGUGAUGUGGUGGGUUCACAGCUCAUUGGCACAGUGGCAAUUCCUCUGGAGCAAAUAUACUCAGGAGAAAAAAUACAAGGGACCUACCCUAUCCUGAAUAACAAUGGGAAGCCUUGUAAGCCAGGUGCUGUCUUGACUGUAUCCAUUCAGUACAUUCCAAUGGAGAAACUGAGCAUUUAUCAUCAAGGAAUUGGAGCAGGCCCUGACUACAGUGGCGUUCCUGGGACGUAUUUUCCAUUGAGGAAAGGUGGAACUGUAACUCUUUAUCAGGAUGCUCAUGUUCCGGACGGUUGCCUCCCUAAUGUGAUGCUUGACAAUGGCAUGUAUUAUGGUCAUGGAAAGUGUUGGCAUGACAUAUUUGAUGCCAUAAGUCGUGCUAAAUGGUUGGUUUACAUUACCGGUUGGUCAGUGUGGCACAAAGUUAGGUUGGUAAGGGACGAAAGGCGGGCAUUAAAUUUCACCCUGGGUGAUCUUUUGAGGUCCAAGUCACAGGAGGGAGUUAGAGUGCUUCUCCUUGUUUGGGAUGACCCUACGUCAAGAAGCAUUCUCGGUUACAGAACAGAUGGGGUCAUGGCAACUCAUGAUGAGGAAACACGACGAUUUUUCAAGCACUCUUCUGUACAAGUGCUGCUUUGUCCUCGCAUUGCAGGAAAACGACAUAGCUGGGCAAAACAAAAGGAAGUUGAAACAAUAUAUACACAUCAUCAGAAAACUGUAAUUGUGGAUGCUGAUGCUGGAAAUAACAAAAGAAAAAUUGUAGCAUUUGUUGGUGGACUUGAUUUGUGUGACGGGCGAUAUGAUACUCCUCACCAUCCUCUCUUCAGGACGCUGCAGACGCUGCAUAAGGAUGACUACCACAACCCUACUUUCACAGGUAAUACUGGUGGUUGUCCAAGGGAGCCAUGGCAUGACUUACAUUCUAAAAUUGAUGGUCCAGCAGCUUAUGAUGUUUUGACCAACUUUGAGGAGCGAUGGUUAAGAGCUGCAAAACCUAAAGGGAUUAAAAAGCUGAAGAGUUCAUAUGAUGAUGCACUACUAAAGCUAGAUAGAAUUCAAGAUAUUAUCAGUGCAUAUAAUGCUCCUAGUGUUGUUGGUGAUGAUAAUCCUGAAGCAUGGCAUGUUCAGAUAUUCCGUUCAAUUGAUUCAAAUUCUGUUGAUGGAUUUUCAGAGGAGGCAAAAAAUGCAUCAAGCAUGAACCUAGUAUGUGGGAAGAAUGUGCUGAUUGACAUGAGCAUACAUAAUGCAUAUGUGAAGGCCAUUCGAGCUGCACAACAUUACAUAUAUAUAGAGAAUCAAUAUUUCAUUGGGUCUUCUUAUAACUGGAAUCAACAUAAAGACCUUGGUGCCAAUAAUUUAAUUCCUAUGGAAAUUGCACUGAAGAUUGCUGAAAAGAUAAGGGCAAAUGAGCGAUUUGCAGUGUAUAUCGUAAUUCCAAUGUGGCCAGAGGGUGUUCCAACAGGGGCUGCCACCCAAAGAAUUCUAUUUUGGCAGAAUAAAACAAUGCAAAUGAUGUACGAGACAAUUUACAAGGCUUUGGUUGAAGUUGGGCUUGAGGCAGCUUUCUCUCCGCAAGACUAUUUGAACUUCUUCUGUCUUGGUAAUCGGGAGGCUGUAGAUAUGCAUGAGAAUAUCACUGUGUCUGGAACCCCUCCUCCAGCAAAUAGUCCACAAGCAAUUAGCAGAAAUAAUCGACGUUUCAUGAUUUAUGUUCAUUCAAAAGGCAUGAUAGUUGAUGAUGAAUAUGUUAUAUUGGGGUCUGCAAACAUCAACCAGCGCUCCAUGGACGGAACAAGGGACACUGAAAUUGCAAUGGGAGCCUACCAACCCCGUUAUACCUGGGCAAGGAAUCACUGUUAUCCACGGGGAGAGAUCCACGGAUAUAGGAUGUCACUUUGGGCAGAACAUACUGGUACAAUUGAAGACUGCUUCUUACAACCAGAGAGCCUGGAAUGUGUGAGAAGGGUUAGAACAAUGGGUGAACAUAACUGGAAACAAUUUUCUGCAAAUGAUAUAACAGAGAUGAGAGGUCAUCUGCUCAAGUACCCAGUCGAGGUUGAUCGGAAGGGUAAGGUUAGACCCCUUCCUGGCCAUGAAGAGUUCCCAGAUGUAGGAGGAAAGAUAGUAGGAUCAUUUAUUGCCAUUCAGGAGAAUUUAACCAUUUGAUUAUUUGUUUACAUUCACAUUGCUUGCCAUUAGGAUAGGAUGAACGUAAAUAACAAAAUACAAGUUAUACAAUUUUGAAAUAUAAGAUAGUUGAAAAAACACCAGGUCCAGUGUAUAGAAAUAAAAUUAUCGUUUAAGGUUGCUCCUUUCCUUUCUUCUUUGUAUACACACCAGACUUACUCCAGAUUGUCACCCCAAACUCCUCUGUCUAUCAGGCUACCAUACUACCGGGAACAUCAUGUAUUGUAAAAUUGUAAACCUUUUGAUAAUUGAUUUUGUUAAACUUAAUCUGAAUCACGUAUUUUU